GUUAUUGUUUACGCUCAGAGUUCGUGUAAAGUAGGUCAGAGGAAAAGGGAAGCUCGGCUAGCUGCUUGUUUACCUCUUCUAAAUCAUCUAUUUAUUGAAAACGUGUCUCGAGGGAUCGUCGUCUCCGUGUUGUCGGUGAUUUUCAGUGGAUGCUCCUUGUGACCGACCAGCAGCAGCUGGACUGAUGCAGGUCGUCUUGGCCUCUGGACUGAACCUGAACUGACCGGUGGACUCUUCUUCUGGGCAGACCUCCCUGUUGUUAUGUCCAGGCGGAGCAGGAACAGUCGUGCUUGGAGAUAUGUUUGGGGUGAAAUACGGCGGGAUGCUGAUGCUCGGGCGCUUGUGUUGGCUUCUGAAAGUGAAGAAUGGGGCUAUGAGCGCUUAGAGAACAGUGAUUCAGACUCUGAGGCCGACUUCUCAGCAGUGAUGGUCCCUCCGGUGGCCAGCGCAGUGCCUGUCACCGGAGAGUCGUACUGCGGCUGCGAUUCUCAGGCUGAGACCAACUACAACCCUCGUCUGCGAGGUUUCCACCAAGUCAGAGACUGCCACUGUGGAGAGGACGACCAAGAGUUCGACUGGGUUUGGGAUGCAAACAGCCGAUCGACAGCAACAAUGGUGAGCUGCGACAAUCGCAAAGUGAACUUCCACUCGGAGUACAGCUGCGGCACGGCGGCGAUCCGCGGCUCCAAGGAGCUGGCUGAAGGGCAGCACUUCUGGGAGAUCAAGAUGACGUCUCCAGUGUACGGAACAGACAUGAUGGUCGGCAUCGGGACUUCUGAUGUCAAUCUGGACAAAUACAGACACACGUUCUGCAGCCUGUUGGGGAAAGACACAGACAGCUGGGGUCUUUCUUACACUGGCUUGUUGCAUCAUAAAGGAGACAAGAUGAACUUCUCGUCUCGGUUUGGACAGGGGUCCAUCAUUGGAGUCCACCUGGACACGUGGCACGGCACUCUAACCUUCUUUAAGAAUCGCAAGUGCAUAGGUGUUGCAGCCACAGAGCUCCAGAAUAAGAGGUUUUAUCCGAUGGCGUGCUCCACAGCAGCGAAGAGCAGCAUGAAGGUGAUCAGAUCGUGCUCUGCGCCCACCUCCCUGCUCUACCUCUGCUGCGCUCGUCUACGCCAGCUGAUGCCCGACUGCAUAGACACCCUGGACGUGCUGCCACUGCCGCCGGGCCUUCGUCAGCUGCUCCACAACAAACUGGGCUGGGUGCUCAGUCUUAACAGCGGCGCAACAGAGGAAAGCCCCGAUGGGUCGUCACGCUCUCACGCCCCCCCGCUGGCUGGACCGUCGUCCUCUGAGAGCGACUCGGAGGGCUGCACGUCGGACCCUGAAGCCUGUCAGAGGAAGAGAUGUCGCUGGACAUGAGUGGACGGUGUGGAUCCUACCUCCUCUUAAACACUGGCAGACGUCACAAGUGGCAUCUAAUUGAGUGUUUCCUACCUGCCUCAAGCUUUCCCAACGUCAACGUUAUCCUGUAGUGAAGAAAGAACCAACAGGGUCAGAGUGGUACGUAAGUGCAAAACUGUGACGGCACGUUUUUACUGUGAUCUUCUGUCAUGACAUCCAAACGUCCUCAUGCUCAUCAGUAUCUGAAGCAGCUCCAGUGAUAAGUCCAACACGUGCUGUUGGUUAUAUAGCAUUACUUGUUGCCAUGUGUGUUUGGGGAUCAGUACAGUGCAACACUGAAGUCAAGCAUGGCCACAUUUUGGUGGUCAUCACGGUUUAUUUGCAACAAAAAAGAAAGGGGGAUUCAAGACUAAGAGACUUUAUAUUUUCAGUGUUUUCAUCAUGUAUGCAAGUCAUGUAUAAUGUUCUCAUCCUAAAUGCUAUCAUGUCGUUACCGAGUUAUGUUACAUGUUUUUUAACUGGUGUCUACAGUUUUUUUUUGUUACCUUGCCAAAGUGAAAAUCAGAGGGACGCUUUCUACCAUGAGACCAAAGUCAUAAACCUUUUUCACACAUGCACUCCUGAAAAAUUCUACAAAAUGUCCACCAGGUGGCCCCUUGAGUUACUUGAGUUACUUGAGUUACUUGUUCACACAUGCGCGUCACAGGGGGAGAUUUCUCUGUCUGAUGGGGAGGAGGCAGGACACGACAUAAAAAAGAGCGGGAAACAGUGGACAAGUGGGCGCCGGGAGCCUCGUGGUUAGCGCUCCAUGUAUGGGGUGGUAGUCCUCCAGGCGUCUGGUGUGGGAUUCGAAUCCAACUUGUGGGUUCCCCACUCUCUCCGCUGUGUCGCCUCUAUCCACGGUCUUGUCUCUAAAUAAAGGCGUAAAUAAAUAAAUAAAUAAACCCUUAAAAAUAAAACGGUGGACGAAGCAGCAGCGUCCAACGCUACGAUGGCAUUUCUUCCUUUAUAUCGAUGCUUUUUGUAAUUAAAACAUGGUCACCCUCAAUUUCCUGAAGAUUUCCUGCUGCUUCACCCUGACUUCACACAGAACGUGUACCGGGUUGUGGUGAAGAAUUUGUCUGUUUGCGUUGUCAUCAGCAGCUCACCCCGAACAUUUCUGGAAUUUUUCAGGAGUUUAGUGCAUGUGUGAAAACACCAUCAGAGUAUUCUUUUUUUUAUCUUUUCGACAGUCCACAGCUCUAAAGAGCUCGACUAUCGAUAACUUUCAGAGGGAUCAAAAUAGAAAUAUUAGAAGUUCAUCUGAAUGUACUUUAUAGUAUGUUGACCUCCAAAGGAAAUAUUCGUUUUAUAUUCAAUAAUAACCAAGAUCGCCAAAUUUAUUUAAAACUUUAAGAAAAAAAAAGGUGAAAGUCGCAUCAUGUGACGACAGCAGGCCGGACACGAUGCGACAUGUUUGUAGAAACUCUGGGCUUCCUGUUCUUUCAAACAGACAUGCACAGUGUGCAGAGGAUUUAAAGAGCUGAUCCUGAGAGAUGUUACUCAGAAGAGACUGUUGCACAUGAAGUCAUCGCUGUUACACCUCAUCGUUGUUUUAAGGACGUUUUUAAAAAGUGACUUUCUUUGACUUACAGAAUAAGAGACUUUGAGCAGUUUGAGUGUUUCACCUUUUUACUGAUCUGUUCUCCUGUUGGGGGUUUCACAGCCUUGUUCCUUCCCUGACUCCUCCUCAUGUUACUCACUCUCACGGUCACACUCGAUUUUGAAUCUUGUUGUGUUCAAAGUGUUUCCCCUCUUGGCCCAGAGGGAGGACUUAAAGAAAACUUCAUUCCUUUGAUAUCCAAACAUUCUGCAGCCUGAUGUGACGAUCACUUCAGUAUGAACAGAUUAUAAAUAACUACGGUGUGGAAACAUUUCCUCUGGGUCCCGUUUGUAAAUAAUAUUUAGUUUUCUGGAGUAUAAAAAUAUAUAUAACAGUGUAAGUGUUAAAUAGUGUUUUAUCCACAGUGUGCUGCCUCAUCGUGUUCACUCCUCGAGGUUUAAGGAGACAUAAAGAAGGCUUCAGGUACUAUGCAAUACAAGCAUCUUAUGUGAUGAAGGGACGGUCUUUCAGGCUGUUAUCGUGGACGCACUGACACACGGGUGGCGGUUCAGAGGACCAUUAGUCAUGACGCGCUUAUUGUCUCAUUUAUAAGAAAUGUAACCACAGAGCGGUUGGCUCUAUGUCAGCAGAUAUAUUAUUUGUCUUAUCUCACAGUCUUCACAUUGAUGCAUCCAAGCACUUUUUCUUACUGUGUUACUGUAAAUAAGAAAGUUCUAAGUGUUUCUUCUAUACUGCGUCUUACUAAUAAUACUGUAUGUAUGUAAAGACCUUUACUCGCCUUUUUCUGUAUCAGCAUGUUUCAGCUGGAAAUAAAAUGAAUGCUACGUAUGCA